AAGAUUGGAUUUUGUAAGAGCUACGAAAGCACUAGUGUUUAAAACUCUGUAGUAUUUAACUCCUACUCAAACCUCUACCCACCAAACCAUAACAAGAGCCAAGUGAGAAGAGUGAAAAGAGCGUAGAAGGGGGGAAAUGCCUUCUUACAUCCCUCUACACAUCAGUAAAGCAGUGAAAAGUAUUUGGGAUCGAUGGAACAUCCGAGGGGCCAUUUUGUUCAGUCUCUGGUUGCAGGUCCUAUUGAUUAUGGUGGCUCCACUCAGAAAAUCUGCCAGAGGAAAAUUCAAUAUCAUCCUCAUUUGGUUUGCAUAUUUGCUGGCUGACGCAGCUGCCAAUUUUGCUGUUGGUCUCAUCUCCAAUAGCCAACGCAAUCAAUAUGACAAGGUCGGCCACAAGGCCAACCAGAAUUCCGAGGAGAAUAGUGAUCUGUUAGCAUUUUGGGCGCCCUUCCUUCUAUUACACCUCGGAGGCCCUGAUACCAUCACAGCUUUUGCUCUCGAAGAUAAUGAGCUUUGGCUAAGACACUUUCUGGGCCUUGGCUUUCAAGCAGGGGCUGUUUUUUAUGUCUUCAUCCAGUCACUUCCCAAUAAGAACCUAUGGAUUCCCACAUUACUCAUGUUUGUGGCUGGUAUGAUCAAGUACGGCGAGCGGACAAGUGCUUUGUAUAAUGCGAGCUUGGACAAAUUUCGAGAUUCCAUGCUCAAAGAGCCAGAUCCUGGGCCCAACUAUGCUAAACUUAUGGAGGAAUAUGACUUCAAGAAAAAGAACAAACUCCCAACACAAAUCAGUUCGACGCUGGAGCCUGAUAAAGAAGCUAAGGCUUCUGAUAUUCCACCUAAGACGGACCGCUUGAAGGACUUGGAGGUGGUGCAUUAUGCUUAUAAAUACUUCCAAACAUUCAAGGGACUUGUUGUUGAUCUCAUCUUCAGCUUUCGUGAGCGCGACGAGAGUCGUGAUUUCUUCAAAAUUAGGGACCCUGAAGAUGCUCUAAAGGUAAUUGAGGUUGAACUCAACUUCUUGUAUGGAACUCUCUAUACCAAGGUGGAAGUUCUACACUUGAAGACGAAGAAGAUCUAUGUUGGCUAUAUUUUGCGAUUCCUAGCUCUUGCGUGUGUUUUGGCUACUCUUGGAAUCUUCUAUUUCAAAGUAAACAAACAUGAAUUCCGUGGAGUUGAUAUUGGAAUCACCUACACCUUGCUUCUUGGUGCCAUUGCCCUGGAUGUAAUAGCCAUCUUUAUGCUCAUUUUCUCAGAUCGGAGUAUUGCUUCUAUAAAGGACCCUGAACGUCCACCCUGGUGGGCACCCAUCUAUAAAGCUUUUCUUGUCCUCAUGAGGCCAUGGUGGAAGAAUUGUACAUGUAACUGUAAGUACAAGCACAAUUCCGAACACAAACUACUUGCCACUCCCCUUGUAGUUCGAAGGUGGUCUGGAUCCAUCUCGUCACACAACUUAAUAAGGUACUGUCUGAAAAGCAAUAGGAAAAGCAUCCAUGAAUUCCCUAGUUGGUGGCAGAUCAUGUUUGAAAGCAUACUUCGUUUCUUGAAACUUUAUGAAUGUUUUGAUAAAUGUGCUACCUGCAUUUGCCACGUCAUUGAAAAAUGUUUAAGCCCUAUUAGAAAAGGUCUAGGUAAAAUUUUCUGGCCCUGUUUCGAAAAAAUCUUUUUCUUUUGUGCGAAAGAUUUUAUGGAUGAGAUGGUGUAUGUGUCACUCGAGCCAUUCAGUCUGGACCUAUGGAAAUUCAUCUUUGUGGAGCUAAAAACAAAAUCUGAGUUUGCAGAUACUCCAGAAACCGCAACGAGAAUAUCCUCAGCCAGAGGUGAAUGGGCUUUGACGAAUGCUUGUGAAGAACCAGAACGUGGCAAGUUACUGAAGUAUCUAACUGGUGUUCCCUAUGAUGAGAGCAUUCUCUUGUGGCACAUUGCCACAGAUCUGUGCUACCACCAUGAUAAUGAGAAGGAUCAGAAGAAUAACCGGCAGGAUGAUGACACGGAGAAUCCGACAGAUCAACAAGAUAAUAAGCAUGAGGAAUUGACAUAUCGGCAGUUCAGUAAAACCUUGUCGGAUUACAUGCUGUAUCUUCUAGUAUUUCGGCCAACCAUGAUGUCUGCUGUGGCGGGUAUUGGGAAAAUAAGAUUUCGUGACACAUGUGCUGAGGCUGAAAGGUUCUUUAAGAUAAGGGAUUUACAUCGAAAUCAGGACGAGAAGGCUUGCGAAGAAUUACUGGGUGUGAGGACGGAUGUUGGCCCUCAGGAAGUGAAGGGAGACCGAAGUAAAUCAGUGUUGUUCGAUGCAUGUAUGCUGGCCAAAGAGCUAAAUAAGAUGAACAAUAAGUGGAAAAUAAUGAGCAAAGUGUGGGUGGAAUUAGUGUCAUAUGCGGCUAGUCAUUGCCGAGCAAGUACACAUGCAGCAGAUGUAAGCCAAGGUGGAGAGCUUAUUACCUUCUUUUGGUUGUUGAUGGCUCACUUUGGUCUGGGGGAGCAGUUCCAAAUCAACGAAGGACAUGCAAGAGCCAAAUUAAUCGUGGGAAAGUAAUUAAAACAACAUUUUUUUCCAUUUUCAUGCUUUGUUUUAUCUUUUAUUGUUACGGCACUAAUCCUCAGCUAGAAAUAAGUGUCAUGUACUGUAGUUGCUUGCUUAGUCAAUUACUGUGUUGUAAGCUCUCCCCUUUACGGAGUAAAGCUUAUCUUAACUGAAAUAAAUUAAAGAGAUGAGUUGGUAUUAA